UCUCAAAAAUAGAAUCAAUACAAUGUAGUGUCAUUCCGGUGGUACUGCACUGCACUGGGACAAAGACUUCAAGUAAACAACACAAAGCUAGCCGUAGUGAACGUGUUGUGAAAAUGCUCGCGCGAGGCCUCUCAUCUUUGGAAAUGCUCUGACCCACUCCUAUCGAGGCUGUCCGGAAUUCCUUCGUACAAUUCUUAGUUGAUGGCUUUGAGACAGUCAUUGUACUCAAAUAAUUGUUGAUAUCACGUAAGACAGCUCUACAGCUGGCAAAGCAUUUGUAUAAUCGGAACAACUACACCUCAAGUACCAUAGGUACUGCGCUGGUCAUUGACUCGACAGGCGUGGCGUGCAUACCACCAUCACCUCAUCUUCUCAUAGCUUUCGUCCCAUCAUCAUAUGGAGAUGUCGUACAUGGGCCUUCGUGAUAAUGGCAGCUCUGCAAGUGAGUUGUCAGAGGUGGAAAGAAACGCAGAAGUAAAAGAAGAACAGACGUCUUUCAGCGAUGAUGGACAGCCGGAGGAAACACCGUACACACGCUAUUUGGUGUUGGCGGCGUGCACCGCAUCCCUGGGCGGCAUUCUUUUCGGUUAUGAUCUAGGUGUGAUCGCGUCAGCGCUUAUUCAAUUACGCUGCGAGUUCAUGCUGACUGACCUAGCGAAGGAGUGGGUGGUCACGUCGAUGCUGGUCGGUGCGCUGGUCGCAUCGCUCACUGGCGGUUUCCUGAUUGAUGCGUGCGGUCGACGUAGAGUAAUCCUGGUCAAUUCACUUAUAUUCAUUUGCGGGGCUGGUGUGGCGGCGGCUGCACCGUCACUAGCCGUUCUUAUUGUUGGACGUCUGAUCCUGGGCUUUGCCAUAUCUCUGGCUGCUAUCAGUGAGACAGUGUACAUAGCAGAGAUUGCUCCUUCCGACAAGCGUGGUCGCCUAGUCACGUUGAAUGAGAUGGGAAUAGUGCUGGGCUUCUUGCUUGCCUACGGCAUUGGCUAUGCAUUCGUAAAUGUCAAGAAUGGCUGGCGCUUCAUGUUUGCCAUCUCAGCUCUGCCGGCAGUGCUGCAAGGCCUUGGUCGCCUGGUGUUGCCCGCAAGUCCUAGGUACUUGAUUAUCAACGGUCAAGAAGAUGAGGCACGGAAAUGCCUCCGUCAGCUCAGAGGCAUAGACAACGUUGAGCCUGAGAUUGCAUACAUAGUGCGCUCAAUAGCCGAUGAGCAGAUUGUUCGACUGCGUGAUCUGCUGACCUGUGCCGGCUCGGCUGGCAGGCGGCUUCUUAUCGGUGGCGGCCUGGUGUUUCUCCAGCAGAUGACGGGCCAGCCGACCAUUCUCUAUUACGCCCCGCUGAUCUUUCAAGCCCUGGGCUUCACAUCGCACGGCCAAGCAACACUCGCUUCCGUUAUUCUUGGUGGUGUCAAGUUCAUCGUUGCUGGCAUUGCACUGCGACUCCUGGACACCGUUGGUCGUCGCCGUUUGCUGCUGAUUGGUGUGAUGAUCAUGACCGUUGCCAUGGUACUCAUGAGCACCGUCAUCACAUCCGAUCUCACGCCCCACCCGCAGGAGCCAUGCCCGUCCGGCAACUCCAGCUCUUUGCCCACCGUCGGCCCCACCGCCAACACUCUCAUGACGGUCAGCACCAUGGCCAUCAACACUACCGUGGCUCCGUCUGUCUCUGCCGGUCGCAAGUGGUUUUCUCUACUCGGCUUAGUAGGGUACAUCAGUGGGUAUCAACUCAGUUUCGGUCCCUGCACAUGGGUUGUUCUAACAGAAAUCUAUCCUAGUCAGUUACGGGGCCGUGCAGUAGCACUAGCGACAUCACUCAAUUGGGCCACCAACAUACUCAUCUCGGCAGUUUUCCUAGACCUAAAGUUUAUACUGGGUGUUACCGGCUUGUUCACUAUUUACGCCGCUGUGUGCGCCACUGCCGUCAUCUUUGUCUUCCUCGUCAUUCCGGAAACGAAGAACCGCACGCUAGAAGAGAUCUCGCAGGCGCUGUCUGCAGGGGAGUUCAAGAACCCGGCACAGCGGUGUCGCAGCCUAUGGUACAGCUGCACUGCUCCUUGCCACCGUCGCAACCGCCGGCGCUCCUUUUCAAGUCUGCAGAAUGAGAUUGGCCCAUCUUGAACACAGCCAGCACGGCAAGCACAGGCUAGACUAGCGUGUACAGGUGUGCUCAUGUGUCUGAUUGCAACUGGUCUUCUUCUUUUUUUUAACCAUACGUGCAAACGGGGAAGUCCCUUGACUAGAGUUUUUACAGUUUUAUUUAUUGUAUUAAAAUUUUUAGGCAUAGCCGAUUGCUUGAUUUUUUAAUACAGUCGAGUGUCUAGCAA